AUGGCGCACAGGGUGCUGCAUUAUUUUGCUGAUCCGCAUGCGGUGGUGGAGUUCACUGAGGAGGCCCAGGAACUCUUUGUGGCCUACGCGGCGUGUUUUUCAGCUGAGCAGAGUGUGCUUCGUGACAACGACGACGAUUCGGCGGCGAGGAAGGGAACGGCCGCAUGGCACCUCGGUGUGCUGGCAGCUGCCCAGUUAGUCUGGGACAUCGCGACGGAGCAGGCAGACUCCAGACUGGUGGCAGAAUCGAGGCUUCGCAUCCAACCACAUCACGUGCUUCGCGCGUAUGACGCCCUCAGGUUGACUCAUGACGUAUUGGGCUUGUGCGUGAAUGGCAGUGUGGUGGCGCCCGGUAGCGCAGAGCAGGCACUGUCACAAGCGGCAAGUGCUGCGCAGCAGCUGGAGUCAGCGCUGGAGCAGCAGCGGAUCCCAGAAAGUCAGUUCGUGAAGUUCGAAGUUGCGCAGGAGUCGGCUGCAGAGGAUGGCGAGCCAGGCCAUGUCUUCAGCCAAAGCGACUCGCCGCCGCUAAGUGAUGGCUACGGGCCUGGCGGCAGUUCGGUACAGGCAGUAAUGUUGCGUACGCUUCUUCGGGGAGAACCGGUUAUUUUUGCUCGUCGCGUCGUGGAUGCUUGCUCGAAGAAGACGACUGUUGACAACAAAACAGUUAGGACGUCGUUAAAGCUGGCGCACUGGCUCGCGGCCAUCAACGCAGGCAUGGAACAGCACUGCAUCGGUGAGGUGCAGACGCUGGCUGACCGCAAGGGCCCACGGCUGGUGCUACACCUUCCCAAGUCCAAUGAUCGAGAAGCUGUGCGUGUGUAUCACAACCGGCUGAUGGCUUUGUGUGGCUUGAGUUUUGCAGCUUUUUCGAAGCGUUUGGUAGAAGUCGCAUCCAAAGGAGGCGGCUCAGGCGCCCGGGUCGUGGCGGCCACUGCAGAUGAGCAGGUGUCGGAAGAGGGUGUGUUGGCCGUGCGACCAAGAGCUGCCAACUCAACAGCGGCGCCAAAGGCGAGCGUUGUCGUGCGACCAAGAGCUGCUAAGUCAAGAGCGGCGCCGAAGGCGAGCAUUGUUGCGAAGCAAGAGAUAGUCUCACACGAUGUUGGUUUGGCGACAACUUCCAAGGCCAGGGCUGCGCCUACAGCGCGCAGGGCUGCCAAGACGGCAGUAAAGAAAGAAGCCGUGGAGGAGGAUGAUGAUGAUUGCAUCAUAAUCGAAGCAUCUGUGCCAGCGUCGUCCGCUAGGGAGAAGACGCAGGACGCAGGGGACAGUCAGGGAAGCAAGCGCCGGAAGCUGAAUGAACAGCUCGGCAAUUGGCAUUGCUAG